AUGGCCGGCGUCCUGCUCUCGGCCGCCGUUGCCUGCGUGCUCCUCGCCGGCGCCGUGUCCGCGUCGUCGUCGCCGCGGGUGUUCACCGUCGGCGGCGUGGAGAGGGGCUGGAGGCAGCCGGCGCCCGGCGAGGAGACCUACAACCACUGGGCCACCAAGAACCGCUUCCACGUCGGCGAUUUCCUCCAUUUCAGGUACGACGGCAACGACUCGGUGCUGGUGGUGACGCGGGACGACUACAAGCGCUGCGGCACGGACAGGCCGGUGCUCCGGCUGGAGGGCGGCGAGGCCAGGUUCCGGCUCGAGCGGAGCGGCUUCCUCUACUUCAUCAGCGGCGCGCCGGGCCACUGCGACGCCGGACAGAGGUUCACCUUGCGCGUGAUGGCGGAGAGGGACAACGGCGGCGGCGGCGCCCCACCGACGGAGGCCCCCGCCAUGCCUCCCGGCGGGCCCUUCAACUCCACGCCGGGGUCCGGGUCAGGAGGAUCGGCGCGCAUGCCGCCGCGCGGGAACGCGGGCGACGGGAAGACCAGCGGCGCCGCGCGCGCGGCGCCCUUGGGUGGCUAUCACGCCGUCGGCGCCGCUCUGGGAGUGGGAGUGGGUGCCGCCGUGCUGGUCUUUGCAUGAGACGGUCGUUGCGUUGCAUGCGUUGUGCGUGUGCAAGCUGCUGCUGCUGCUGCUAGUCUUCGUAGACAGUCUAGAAUCAUUUGCUUAACUCGUUUGUUCUAUAGAUUCGUCGUGCUAUAACUAUAAGUGGUAUAGCUGCCUCGUAGUGUAACUUGAUCGACGUGUCGUGCUAAUUACUCUAGCUUUUUUAUGAGUCCCUUCAUUCCAAAUUUAUUGAGAUUGAUA